AUGUCGCAGAUUUCCUCGGUUUCAACCCCUUUAGCGGACGAUGCACUCCGAGCAGAGCCCCGCCCAGUCUUCGACAAGAAACGUCCUCACGUAGCGGACGAGUCCUCCGUGGAAGGCCGUGAUCCCCUGCGCCCUCGGCCUCUCUCCUGGAAUCCAUCCGCUCCCGUGGAGCCUUCUCUGAAAUCGACCCAACUUCGUCCCAUCGGGGUUCAAUCUAUCUUGAACCCCCCUGCAAAGGCAGUAUCAACAGCUGCGGCGCCCGCGGAAACCAUUCGCGAGGGGCUGGGAGAGCCGGGGCCAUCCCAUACACGACAUCCAUCCUCUCCCACGGUGCAUCUCCCCUCGCCUUCAAUUCAUGCCCGACGUCUCUCUGCGUCGCCGGGAAUGAGAAAUCACCAGACGAGUACGCCUCUCUCGCCCUCCGCUCGGUUUGUCACGGCUGGGGCAGGUCACCCUGGCAGAGCCGGUGCCUCUCAGUCUCCCUUGGCCCACGAAUCACGACCAAGCAUGUAUACUUCGACACCGGGUUCCCCCUUGCCGUUCGAGUCGGCCCCGGGGCAGACGUCCUCGCUGUCUACACAUCAGCAGCCAGGAGCUCCCAUAUCGAUUCAUUCCACGCCAACGUUUCAUAGCCGUCGGACUAGUGCGGUUCCAACACCAACUCCAAGCUCCCAGGAGACGAGCCCUACCACUCCCAUUUCAGCUUUCAGUCAGUUUGGUCGAUCGUCUCCUUCACUCACUGGGGUGCCGAAGCCACCUCAUGCACCACCGUUCUCGACAUCCUCCCCGUUCACCACCGUAGACCCAGUCACCCGACUCCCAUCUGCCGUGGCAGGGGUAAGACAUACGAGUGAUGAAGCAGCAACGAUAGGAAUGCCUCAGCCGGACAAUGCUCCACUACCUGGGAUGAUCCCAUGUAUCCUGGACCUGAAAUCGGGCUCCUCUAGCCAGGCUGAGAAACGCAAGGCGAACAGCGAUGCAUCGAGGAGAUUCCGCAACCGCAAGAGGAACGAAAUGCAGAUGGAGCAAAAGAUCAAUGCUCAGCAAGAGGAGAUCCGAAAGCAGGCCGAGUCAUUGCAAAGACAGUGCCAGGAAAUCCGGGUCUUGGUUCAGGAGCGAGACCAUUACCGAUCGGAAAGGGAUUUUUAUCGGGAUCAUGUUAGUCGACUAGCGCCUUCCAGCCAGCUUCCUCCCCGACCGACAUCUCCACGAACUUUCCGAUCGUCGGUCGAGAAUCCGACCUCGGACCGUGACCAUACCUCAACGUGGCGUGGGAUGGACAUGAUGGCGAGGGUAGGAGAUGCCCCGGCAGGAUCACAUCCGGGCGCCUCCAAUCCUCCACGUAUCUCGUCUGCUGCAAGGACACCAGGAAAUUGGUCCAGUGCCUCGUCCCAAUACUCCACGACUACUGUCAACCACACCGAGCGUGGAGUUUUGGCCGAUGAGCAUCAGACAAAGUCGCUGGCUCAGUAUCCUGGAGCAUGGGCUCGACCGUGA